GGAAAGUCAUCAUGUUUCACUUUUCGCAAUAAACUAUAGGCGUAUCAUGAACCAUUAAGAUAGAGAAAGCUAUUGCAUUACUAGAGGCACAGUAUUUUCCCAAUUAGAUUUAUCAAGUUUUAAAGUAAUGAAACUAUCUUACGACGAAAUUUGUUUUCAUGGCAAAGAAGCAAAUAUGAAACCUUGUAUUAUUUUCAUUCAUGGAAUGCUGGAGUCCAAAAAAACUUGGAGAAUCGUUGCUCCUGAAAUCGCUAGGAAGACACACAGACGGGUCUAUGCAGUUGAUGUUAGAAAUCAUGGAAGCAGCCCAUGGGGUGACGAGUUGAAUUUUGACAUCAUGGCGGAUGAUGUUGAAGAAUUUAUGGUUGAUCACAGCAUUCCAUCAGCGGUAUUAAUAGGACAUAGUUUAGGAGGAAGAAUAGCUAUGACUAUAGCUCUUAGAAAGCCCGAAAAAGUAAACAUUCUCAUUGUAGAAGAAUCCGUGCCGCGAACGUUCAAACCUGCUCCAGAAGGAAUCAUUGCUAAAUCACUGAAUGGGAUGAAAGAAGUCCUCAAUGCCGUAAAUGACACAGAAAAUGACAAUGAAGCCCUAUCAUAUGCGAGAGACUUUUUUCUCUGCACUGUGAAUCCUAUGGACAGGCAAAUGGCAGUGAACUAUCAUCUGGAUAUGCUACCAUUAAAGAAGCAAGCUGGCAAGUACGCUUGGGAAUGCGACGUUGACGGACUCAUAGACAUGGUUUCCACGGAAAAAAUAGGACAGGAACUGACAGGUGUCUACAAGGGGCACGUGCUGUUCCUUUAUGGAACUAAAACAUUUUUUAAAAUGGAAGAAGAUACUCUUAUACCAGUUCUUUUUCCUCAAGCUGUGAAGUUGAAAGUUGAUGGAGCUUCCCAUUUUAUUCACACUGAACAUCCUGAACUAUUUAUAGCUGAAGUUUCAAAGUUUAUAAAUGAAAAUACGGCUGUAAUUUCUAAGUAUUAAAUGUCAUUUCUCGUAACGCACUACUUGGGAGAGUAGUUCUGUAGAUGGUUACAAAACGAUGCUCACAUUCCACUUUUCAGAAA